GGGCAGUGUAGUACCUGUACCAGUGUGGGUACAACACACAGUGGUAACAGAAGAGCAUCUAAGGUGAAGAACAACAACAAUAAUUCAAUUCAACUGCUGCUAGGUUUGGGUACUGUGUUGCACAAGGUUUAGGGAAUCAUGACCUCUGCUCAUGACCUUACUGAUAAUGAAGAGGAUGGGCAGCAGCAGUCAAAUUCACAAAUGCAGACUUCAUCUGCAAAUGAAAUUUCUGAUCCAGGUGUUGUUACUCAGAAUGUUCAGUAUGCCACACCUGGCCAGCUUGGAACCGGGCAUGCUAUGGUACCACCUGUGUAUCCAUAUCCCGAUCCUUACUAUAGAAGCAUCUUUGCUCCCUAUGAUACACAACCUUAUCCCCACCAACCCUAUAGUGGACAGCAAAUGGUCCAUCUUCAAUUAAUGGGAAUUCAGCAAGCCGGUGUUCCUCUGCCAACUGAUGCAGUUGAGGAGCCUGUGUUUGUUAAUGCAAAACAAUAUCAUGGUAUAUUAAGACGUAGACAAUCCCGUGCCAAAGCUGAAUCAGAAAAUAAAGUUAUAAGGAAUCGGAAGCCCUACUUGCAUGAAUCUCGACAUUUGCAUGCACUGAAAAGAGCAAGAGGAUGUGGUGGUAGGUUUCUGAAUUCAAAGAAAAAUGAGAACCAACAUGAUGAUGUGGCAUGGUCUGACAAAUCACAGUCCAAUAUCAAUCUCAAUUCUGAUAAAAAUGAUCUUACUUCGUCAGAUAGGACAUCCUAAAACUACAGAAAUGAUGAUACCUUAGACAGCGGGGAUCUAUUGUAUAUCACAAGAUCAAUAACACCAGCCUCGGAUAUCUCUUACUAUCAUAGGUUUAGGUUUUGAGUAGUAGGUACCUGAGGAUGUCCGCAUGAUGCAGGUAAAAUGUAAAUUAGUGAUUUUAUCAAAUAUUAUCCUUUCUAGCCUUUGAUAAAUGAGAUUUUAAUUGUGUGAGCAUUUCUUUGUAUUUGGUAUUAGAGAGAUAUUAGAGAUUAUCCAAAACCAUGUUGGCUUGCUUGUAUCAUGUUUAUUUAGCUUGCUAGAGACAGAUUGACUGUUGUAAUUUUCCUUUGGUUAGUUGUUAUCAAAGGAUAGGACAGUUAAAGGAGUUUCAACCAUGAUUGGUGAUGGAUAUUGGCAGUUAUUUUGUGCAAUAGAUAAUGGUAGG